UCGCCCACUGUAUUUGUUAAGUGAACUCAUUGAAAUACAUUUAUUAUUAAUAAUAUAAUAAAUUAUUAUAAAAAUGAAAUUUCUUAUGAUAAUAACUUGCUUGACAUUUUUUGUAUUAAGUGAGGCGAGGCCAAGUGUAGAAUUCCAAAACCAAGGCGAACCAGCAACAUUAAUCAAUACAAAAGAUCAUGCACGAGUUCGACGACGGAGCUUCGAUUACGGAGACUACAUGGACAAAUUUUGGAGAAACGUGUAUAAGUGCACUAACUGCAAUACGUUAAAUAUCGGAAAUGGUUAUAAAAACAGUAAUAACGUUUUCUUUGGUGAAAAACAGAAAGAACGAACUGGAAACAAUGAUGUAGUGAAUAUUGGAAAUGGAUAUAAGAACACGAAUAAAGUUUACUUUGGUAUGAAUCCGAGAUCGCAAAACCAAGACCCAUUUAACUCCCCAUUCUUUAAUGAUUAACGAGAUAAACUUCUUAAUUUUAUAUUGUAAGAUGAGUUUUAAAUUUAUCAACAAUCCUAAAGAUGACUUCUACCAGUGUAUCUAAGCUAUAAAACAUUUUAUUUAAUUUUUUUUGUUUGAGAAGUUGUUUUUUAUUUUCUUUGAAGAGAACAUUGUAUAACAAAUAACUGCCAAUAAAAUAUGUAUUUUUUGAGUACUUA